UCCUUCCUUCCGCGCAUGCGCGGGCGGCCGGAAGCGGGGUGGGGGAAGACGGCGGUGAUGGCGAUGGCGGAGAAGUUCGACUCUCUAGAGGAGCACCUGGAGAAGUUUGUGGAGAACAUCCGGCAGCUCGGCAUUAUCGUUAGCGACUUCCAGCCCAGCAGCCAGGCUGGGCUCAACCAGAAAUUGAAUUUCAUGGUGACGGGCUUGCAGGAUAUCGACAAGUGCCGGCAACAGCUUCACGAUAUCAGUGUGCCCUUGGAAGUUUUUGAAUACAUAGAUCAAGGCCGCAAUCCUCAGCUUUACACUAAAGAGUGUCUGGAGCGAGCUUUGGCUAAAAAUGAGCAAGUAAAAGGAAAAAUAGACACAAUGAAGAAAUUUAAAAGUCUGUUAAUUCAAGAACUGACAAAGGUGUUCCCAGAAGACAUGGCUAAGUACAAAGCUAUUCGAGGAGAAGAUCCUCCUCCUUAAGCUGGCCUUUGAUAGCUCUAAAAAUGUUAAUUCCAUAAACUGACACCACUCUAUAAAAACACUGAUUGGAGAGAGGAGGAACCAAAGCCGUCAUAACAACUGUACUAAAAAUGGCAGUGAUGGACUGUAAAGGAGCUUGAUGAUUGCUGAUGGCUCUGGUCUGAAGCUACUGAAUCUUUCUGAAGACUUUUACUCAAAGAUUGCAGUUGAAACUUCCUAUGUCCAAACAGUUGCCUGCUUUCAUCUUGCCAAAUUGUACUGAACAGGAGCCUGUCAAGGGCUGCAGUUUGCAUGUGUCAUGGUGAAUUGCAGCCAAGAAAACCUUCAGAUAUUUUUGUUUUGUUCUAUGAGCUGCAGUGCGGAUAGCUGAGGAUAUAGAAAGUCCCUAGGAGCUGUUGAAGCAAGGCUUGUGACUGGCAAGUGGGAUGUAUACAGGGCAUGAGCAAAGAAGACACAUUGCUGAUGUGAAUGGGAUAGGGAAAGGGGAGUUCAUAUGGUACAAGAGUAAACUUCCCUUCCAUGCUGUGUUCCAGGAAGACGUGAAGGCACUUGGAGCGAGCCUGGUGAAGGGCCACCAUGACGGUCAUGUGGCUGGGGCUGGCCAGAGGGAUGGAUCUGGCUUAUCCUGGAGAAGAGAAGGCUAAGAAGGAAUCUAACUGCUGUCUUAGAGUAACUAAAACUGGGUUAUAGAGAACAUUGCACCAGACUCUGGUCGGAUCUGCACAGUGAAAUGACAAGAGGAAACUUUUCCAGCAACAAGGUGCAACAAGAGAAACGCCAGUGACGUGUAAGGAAGCAAUUCUUCCAUG